AGCCAUGCCGAGGGGGCGGCCUCCCAAAGCCGGCAGGGAGAGUAGCGAGGCCGUCACCGAGUCAGAUGAUGUUCUGACACCAAAUAGAGAGAAGGCUAAUUUUCCCUGCCAAGUCCCUAACUCCCGAAAGUGUGAGAUCUGUUUGCUGUCUUUUUUAAAAGAGACCCAGUUCCAGCGCCACAUGAGGGAUCAUGAGCAAAAUGACAAGCCUCACCGAUGUGACCAGUGUCCAAUGUCAUUUAAUGUUGAAUUCAACUUGACACUUCAUAAAUGUACUCACAAUGGUGAAGAUCCUACGUGUCCUGUGUGCAACAAGAAAUUCUCCAGGGUAGCCAGUCUGAAAGCUCAUAUAAUGCUACAUGAGAAAGAAGAGAAUCUUAUCUGUUCAGAGUGUGGAGAUGAAUUUACUUUACAGAGUCAGCUGUCCAUACACAUGGAAGAACAUCGUCAGGAAUUGGCAGGCAGUAGGGUCCACAGCUGCAAGUCUUGCAAAAAGGAAUUUGAAACUUCAUCACAACUAAAGGAACAUAUGAAAACUCACUAUAAAACAAGGGCAUCAAGUACCAGAUCUUACAACAGAAACAUUGACAGAAGUGGGUUUACCUAUUCCUGUCCUCACUGUGGAAAGUCUUUCCAGAAACCGAGUCAGUUAACACGACAUGUUAGAAUACACACAGGUGAAAGACCUUUUAAAUGCAGUGAAUGUGGAAAAGCAUUUAACCAGAAGGGGGCAUUGCAGACCCAUAUGAUCAAGCACACUGGCGAAAAACCCCACGCUUGUGCCUUUUGUCCUGCAGCCUUUUCACAGAAAGGCAAUCUUCAGUCACACAUACAGAGAGUACAUUCAGAGGUGAAGAAUGGCCCUACAUACAACUGUACAGAAUGUAGCUGUGUCUUCAAAAGCUUGGGCAGUUUAAAUACACAUAUCAGCAAGAUGCACAUGGGUGGUCCACAGAAUUCUGCAAGCUCUUCAACAGAUGUAUCUAAUGUCACAACGGCCACACAUUUUCGGUCUCCACUACUUCAACAGACAGAAAACCAGGUGUCUGCAGCUACUGCUCACCAGGGCCAGCAGUCUGUAACUGAUGUCAUCCAGCAGCUUCUUGAAUUAUCAGAACCAGGACCUGUAGAAAAUAACCAGCCUCAACAACCUGGUCAGCAGCUCAACAUUGCAGUGGGAAUCAAUAGAGAUAUUUUGCAGCAAGCUUUAGAGAACAGUGGGUUGUCUUCAAUUCCUGUCUCUGCACAUUCUACUGACUGCAGCCAGGCAAAAACCCCUGGGGUCCAGGAUCAGAACCAAGACAUCUCAACUCUCUCAAAUCAUCAGGCUGACUCUAAUAAUGCAGAGCAAGAUAAGGAGCAAGAGAGUACAGAUAAACUGGAUAAAAAAGAAAAAAAGGUUAUUAAGAAAAAAUCACCGUUUUUACCUGGUUCUGUACGUGAAGAAAAUGGGAUCAGGUGGCACGUUUGUCCAUAUUGCUCUAAAGAAUUUAAGAAACCCAGUGAUCUGGUGCGCCACAUUCGCAUCCACACCCACGAGAAGCCGUUCAAGUGUCCCCAGUGUUUCCGCGCCUUUGCUGUGAAGAGUACUCUCACAGCACACAUAAAAACACAUACAGGCAUUAAAGCUUUCAAGUGCCAAUUUUGUAUGAAAUGCUUUUCCACCUCAGGGAGUUUAAAAGUUCACAUUCGUCUACACACAGGUGUUAGGCCUUUUGCUUGUCCUCACUGUGACAAAAAGUUUAGAACAUCAGGCCACAGGAAGACUCAUAUUGCUUCACAUUUUAAACAUCCUGAACUUCGAAAGCUGCGACAUCAACGUAAACCUGCGAAAGUUCGAGCAGGAAAGACGAAUGUUCCAGUACCAGACAUUCCUUUGCAAGAGCCCAUACUCAUUACUGAUUUAGGUCUUAUUCAGCCAAUUCCAAGGAAUAGCCAGUUCUUCCAAAAUUAUUUUAACAAUAACUUUGUGAAUGAUGCAGACAGACCAUAUAAAUGUUUCUAUUGCCAUCGAGCCUAUAAAAAAUCUUGUCAUCUUAAACAGCACAUAAGGUCACAUACUGGUGAAAAGCCCUUUAAGUGCUCGCAGUGUGGAAGAGGUUUUGUGUCAGCUGGAGUUCUGAAAGCACAUAUUAGAACACACACUGGAUUGAAAGCUUUUAAGUGUCUUAUAUGCAAUGGGGCCUUCACUACUGGUGGUAGCCUCAGGAGGCAUAUGGGGAUCCAUAAUGACCUGCGACCAUAUAUGUGUCCAUAUUGUCAAAAAACAUUCAAAACAUCACUAAACUGUAAAAAACACAUGAAGACUCACAGAUAUGAGCUUGCACAGCAACUUCAGCAGCAUCAGCAGUCCACUUCAAUAGAUGAUUCUACAGUAGAUGAGCAGAGCAUUCAUGUUUCUACACAGAUGCAGGUGGAGAUUGAAAGUGAUGAGCUGCAGCAUUCAGAAGCUGUUGGAACAGAUCAGCCAACUAUUUUAGAGCUAGAUCAGCAGCCAGUAGUAGGCACAGAAGAAACAGCAUUAGAACAACAAUUGGCUGAUCAGCCUUUAGAGCAAGAUGAGGAUAGAUUUGUGACAUCCCAGCAUGCUUUACAGGAAAACAUCACGCAGUUUGAACAACAGGCUAUAACACAGCAGCCAUUUGAUCAACAGGGCUUAUCACAAGGUUUUCCAGUGAAUGACAGCUACAAUCAACAGCCUCAGUUUCCAGCUGUACAGCAGCUGCAGGAUUCAAGCACACUUGAAUCUCAGGCUCUUUCAACGAGUUAUCAUCCACCAGCCCUUCUUCAGGUUCCAAAUACAGAUACUAUUAAUGUAACUACUCGCUUGAUACAAGAUCAGUCAUCACAAGAAGAACUUGAAUUAGAAAGGCCUAAUUUUCUAGAGGAUAAUGAAGAUGAGAGCAAGCGUUCAUAUAGAUGUGAAUAUUGCAACAAGGGUUUUAAAAAAUCCAGCCAUUUGAAACAACAUGUACGAUCACACACUGGUGAGAAACCUUAUAAAUGUCAGCUCUGUGGCCGUGGCUUUGUGUCCUCAGGAGUUCUUAAGUCACACGAGAAGACACAUACAGGAGUAAAAGCAUUCAGCUGUAGCAUUUGCAAUACCUCCUUCACAACUAAUGGCAGCCUUACCAGGCACAUGGCAACUCACAUGAGCAUGAAGCCUUACAAGUGCCCAUUCUGUGAUGAAAGCUUUCGAACAACUUUUCACUGCAAAAAACAUAUGAAAAAACAUCAGGCAGUCUCCUCAGCUGUAGCAGCAGCUACAGAAACAGGAGGGGGAGUUGCAUGUGUUGAAGAAAAUCGUGAAAACUCUCAGAGGCCUUCCAGAAAAUCUCGUCCUGGUGUCAUAACUUUUACAGAGGAAGAAACAGCAGAACUGGCAAAGAUUAGACCUCAAGAAGGUGCCACUCUCUCAGAAAAAGUUCUUGUCCAGUCUGCUGCAGAGAAAGACAGAAUUAGUGAGAUGAAAGAUAAGCAAGCAGAACUGGAAGCAGAGCCCAAAUAUGCCAACUGUUGCAGUUAUUGCCCCAAAAGCUUUAAAAAACCCAGUGAUCUAGUCAGACAUGUUCGUAUCCAUACUGGGGAGAAGCCAUACAAGUGUGAAGAAUGUGGAAAGAGUUUCACUGUAAAAUCCACGCUGGAUUGUCACGUUAAAACACACACAGGCCAGAAGCUCUUCGAUUGUCAUGUAUGCAGUAAUUCUUUUUCUACGAAAGGGAGUCUAAAGGUCCACAUGCGUCUGCAUACAGGAGCAAAGCCCUUUAAAUGUCCACACUGUGAUUUACGGUUUCGUACUUCAGGGCGCAGAAAAACCCACAUCCAGUGUCAUUAUAAAACAGAAACAAAGAAAUCUAGGAAGCCUGCCACUCGUACUUCAACUGAGGCAUUACAGCCUGUCAAUCUUCUCAAUUCAUCCUCAACUGACCCGAAUGUUUUCAUCAUGAACAACUCUGUUUUGACAAGUCAGUUUGAUCAAAAUUUACUUCAACAAGGACUUGUGGGCCAGACUAUCCUGCCUGCUUCAGUGUCAGCUGGAGGUGAUGUAACUGUGUCCUUGACAGAUGGUAGCUUGGCCACUCUUGAAGGAAUACAGCUACAACUUGCUGCUAAUCUAGUUGGACAAAAUGUUCAAAUUUCUGGAAUAGAUACCACCAGUAUUAACAAUAUAACAUUGCAGAUUGAUCCAAGUCUUCUACAGCAGACUUUACAGCAGAGUAAUUUGCUUACACAGCAGCUAACUGGAGAUCCCAGUAUGGCUCCACAGAAUCCCUCUCUUCAGACAGCAGAAACUGCAGUGCCAGCGAAUGUGGUUAUUCAGCCUAUAUCAGGCCUGUCUUUGCAGCCCACAGUAACAUCCUCUGCUAAUAUGACAAUAGGAUCCCUAUCUGAGCAAGAGUCUGUGCUUACAACCAGCACUAGUGGUACACAGGACAUCUCUCAAGUCAUGACUUCACAGGGUAUGGUAUCAUCUUCAAAUGGACAACAUGAAAUAACAUUGACCAUAAAUAAUUCCAGUUUGAGUCAAGUUCUAGCUCAUGCUUCAGGUUCUCCUACUACAAGCGCAUCAGGGAGUCCUCAAGAAAUCACUCUUACAAUAUCUGGCCAAGAUCUUAUUCAGCAUAAUUCUGGAAGCAGUGAUCUGAAUAGUGGCUUAAGGCUGACAGCCCCAGCCAUCAACAGUCAGACUACAGGUGCUACAUUAACUAUCAGCAAUGAUCAGCUUCUUUCUCAGACCACUUCACUAAAUGCUCCAGAACUUAAUACAACAGGUGGAACAAACCUUCAGUCCACAACACCCAUGUCUCAGUCUACAGUUUCUGCCCAGAAUUUGGUGAUGUCUUCUUCAGGAGUUGGUAGUGUCACCUUGACUCUUGCUGACACUCAGGGAAUGUUGUCAGGUGGUCUUGAUGCAGUUACCCUUAAUAUCACUUCACAGGGUCAGCAGUUCCCUGCUAUACUCACAGAUUCCAGUCUCGCCAGCCAAAGUGGGUCAGGCUCACAGCAAGUCAUACUGGUGAGCCAUACACCCCAUUCAGCAUCUGCAAAUUCUGAUGAGAUCACAUAUCAGGUGACCCAGGUUUCUCCUAAUGUGACUAAAAGCAGUCAAGCAGAAAAAGAAGGUCGUGUCCACCAGUGUUUUGAGUGUAAUCAGACCUUUGCUUCAGCCACCACGUUGAUGCACCAUAGUAAAGAAGUUCAUGGCAAAGAAAGAAUACAUGUUUGUCAUGUCUGCAGUAAAGCUUUUAAGCGAGCAACACAUCUCAAGGAACACAUGCAAACCCACCAGGCUGGACCUUCACUGAGUUCUCAGAAGCCUAGACUGUUUAAAUGUGAUACUUGUGAAAAAGCUUUUGCUAAACCGAGUCAGCUGGAGAGACACAGUCGCAUUCACACAGGGGAACGACCAUUUCAGUGUACGCUAUGUGAAAAGGCUUUUAACCAGAAGAGUGCUCUUCAAGUCCACAUGAAAAAGCAUACAGGAGAGAGGCCUUUUAAAUGUGAUUACUGUACAAUGGGAUUUACACAGAAAAGCAAUAUGAAACUGCACAUGAAACGGGCUCACGGUUACACUGGUCCUGUACAAGAGCCUGCUAGUCAUCAAGAACAAGAAGGGGAAGAUAUUAGUCGUGCUCUGAAUUUAGAAGAAGUGGUACAAGAAUCUUCAAAUGAAUGGCAAAGUAUAGGCAAUGUUUUUCGAUGACACCUUAAAAUUUGGAAGCUAAGAAUGUUUCUGGGACUCAA